UUAAAAGAGAGAGAGAACUUUUUGGAUGCUUAGUGAGGUGCGAUCGUGUGAAUAAGUAAUUCAACAUGAACACAAGGCUUCUUUUCACCCUAAUGGGGAUGCUGAUUGAGCUUUUGAACCCCUCUAUGGCUGGAAAAAUUGCUUUACCAGUGGCCCAUGAAUUGAACACCCUGGAGAACCAUGUCUGUGGGCAACGAAGGGGCUAUUUCCCUUUUGAUCUGGCUACCAGGAUUGUGGGAGGGGUGGAGGCAUACCCGGGGGAAUUCCCUUGGCAAGUAUCACUCCAAGUUCUCAGAAAAAAACCGGUGGAACACGACAUUGAAAAGAACCCAAGUUCCAGCUACCACAUUUGUGGGGCAUCUGUCAUCUCCUCCGAUUACAUCCUUACCGCCGCGCAUUGCGUCAAAGACUUUUCCAAGGACAAACUUGUGGUGAUUGCUGGAGACCACAACAUCCUCCAAUUUGAAGGACCCGAACAAGCCUCCAGACUACUAAACGUGAAGAUCCAUGAAAACUACAAUCCGCAAUCAUUUGAGGCCGAUAUCGCACUCUUGGAACUAGCCAGCCCGCUUUUCCUAGAUGGGAAUCGAGUGGCCCCCAUUUGUUUGCCGUCCACCUCCAAAGCCUCCAAAAGCGUGGCCGUGGCCUCGGGAUGGGGAACCCUGGAACAAUAUGGAUCCUUACCGAACGUGUUAUACCAAGUAGCCCUGCCCAUCAUGCCUACUGAGAGCUGCCAGGCCAUGUAUAACACGGUGGACUACGGGGCAGGAGACUUCAUUCAAAAAGGAAUGCUGUGCGCUGGAUACAAAGAUGGUGGUCGCGACAGCUGUCAGGGAGACUCAGGUGGCCCAUUGGCUUGCAAGCAAUCGGAUGGAACCUACACUCUCUGCGGGAUUGUUAGUUGGGGCUUUGGUUGUGCCCAACCCAAUCUACCCGGGGUUUACACUGAUGUGUUCUACUACAUGGAUUGGAUUCGAGCAAACAGUUUGUGAACUUUAUAGAUGUCUCCCAACCUGACCGACAUAUCUGGUUCCCCAAUUUCAGUCCCUGAGGAUGUUCCUGGCUCUCAAACGAACCACUCAUUGAGCCUCAAGUCCAAUCCCUACCUAUCGCUUCUCCUGCUCCUAAUUGUAAUCAUAUGCUCCGUGAAAUAAACGGGGUGUCUUUAUAUAUA